AUCACAGCUCUGUGUUGUCGUCUUCGUCUUCCCAUUCUUGCUGUGUUUGCUUGUCUGGAGCUUCGUGUGUCGAUCACAAUCCUCGCAACCUUCUCGUUCGCACUGUUCAUUCUCAUCCUACUAUCUGCGAGCUGAAUUUCCUUAUCCCUUUUAACGAAUUCGAACAAAAGUAUCUCAAAUUCGUCAAUUCUUAAACUCUAGAGUGAUUUUGGAGCAUCAUCAAAUGCAUCUUCAAGCUCAAACUCUCACCAAUCAGCUCGUACCUUCCGUUAUUCCUUUAAAAGCAACUUCGAAAUCCCCAUUCGCUCACCCAAACGCAUGCCGUUUCCGUGGAGUUUCGUAUCGGGCUCUGAAAUGUUCUGUUGCGACGAUUUCCGAGUCGGCCCCGACGGAACUGCGGAAUGUGAAGCCGUUUCCGGCUGAGGUUUCGAGGACGAUCAUGGAAUUGUCUUCUGUUGGAACGCUUUCUUCUUUGAGCCAAGAGGGAUGGCCUCUUGGUGUUGGCGUUCGUUUCGCUGUUGACCAAGAUGGUACGCCUCUUUUGAGCUUGAAUGAAUCUUUGCCGGAGUUCUCUAUCGAUGGGAGGUCCAGCCUCCAUGUUCAGUUGGAGCAGUGUGGAUUGCGGACUCCUCAGUGUACAAUUCAAGGAAGUAUUGGAAAACCAGACAAUCAAAUGGUUUUGAAGCGACUUCAUACAACGUGGAAAAAGAGAUUUGGAGAAGACGUGAAGGAAGAUCUUUUGUAUAUUGUUGCUGUGGAGAGGGUGCUUCAGAUAGAUGACUUUGGGGAGGUUGGUGUUUGGGUAAACUCUUCAGAUUAUAAAACUGCAAGCCCAGAUCCUCUUCGAAAUUGUGCUGAAAAGCUAGUGGAUGAGAUAAACACAAACAACGCUGAAGAUGUUAAUCGAUUUUGCAACAUAUAUGCUGAUUUGAACUUACAGUUUACAGAAGCAAAACUGAUAUGGGUAGAUCGGUUAGGCUUCGACGUGCGCAUAUUCUCUCCUCAAAAUGGGAUAUUUGAAAUCCGAAUUCCAUUUCCGAGAGAAGUUACAGAUGAGAAAGGUGCAAAGUCAACAUUUAAUGGCAUGUCCCAACAAGCUUGGGAGGUGGAAAGGAAUUUUGUGGCUCCAGAUUUUGAGAGAGUGAAGCAAUUCAAGAUGAUAAAAACCAUUGCAUAGUGUAUAGUAAAACUUUUAUCAUUUAUGAAAAGAGCUUGAGUGUUGCUUUAAGGUGUGAGAACGAGAAGCUUAGUUAUGUCCUAACCCGUGGUAGAACUGAAUGAAUAUCUUGUUUUCUAUAUUCAAUUUUUCUUAGCAAUAUUUGAGAUUUGAAAUGUGAUUUUGAUGGUC